AUGAAUAAUCCGGAUGAGAAUUGGGAAAAGAUUUCGUGGAAUUUGGCCGGAGAGAUUGAUAGCCGCUUUAUUAUUUAUGCACCGGUCGAUGAAGUUGCACGACGGCCCAUCACGUGUUACCGCGUAAGUUACAGUAUAUUUUGGUGUUUGCCUUAGUGUAUUCUCCUUGUAGUUUUUAUUGAAUUGCCAACCCUUUUGUUUUUUGAAUUUAAGUUCACAAAUAUAAUAUCUAUCGGAAAAUAUUUUUUGACCCUACUAUCUAGAUCACAUUUCUUAUCUAGAACUACCCAUAAUCAUAUGUAAAUUACAGAUGUAUGACCAAAGAGACCCAUCCAGUCCGUCUUAUAUGAUAAUAACAACGAAUGAGAACGAGUUCGAAGUAGGUGAAAGCAUGAUUCAUCGACAUAUCAUGGUGUUGAAGAAGGCCAAAGGUCGUUCGAGACAUAUUCCAGAGCUUGUCAUAAGUGGUACAGUGCCUUCGGUAAGUCUUACUGUAUCUAAGGAGGAUCAUAUAGUUUGGUUUAUAUUAUGUGUAAUAUAUAAACGGUUUUUCACACAUAAAAGUCAUUGUAACUAUAUCUUAACAUUUAUUUUGGGCACUACUUUUAUUGUAUUUUAGUUGUGUUAUGUCCAAAAAGGUGGUGUGCAAGAAGAGCCGUUUCCUGACAUAACCAACCGGUCUAUAUGCAUCUUCAGUCACUUUGCUCAUCCCUUAGGUGAACUCAAGGCGUUUACUGAGAAAGGGUAAGUUACUGUCAUAAUAUGAUUAGAAACUUGCAUUUUUAUGUGUUAUAUAAUAUAUUAUAUUACUUUAUAAAUAUCAAGUACAUUAAUGUCUAUGUUAAGGUUCUUUCCAACGUUAGUAGCUCUGGCCAUUGGUCAAGGAAUGGUACGAGCUCUAGCAGCAUUACAUAAUCUUGGCUUUGUGCAUCGUGAGGUAUCCCCGUACACUCUCGGCUACAAGACCCCCAUCUCAUUCAACAGGCUACAACAUGAUCUUAUGGUUAUAGACUUUGGCAGUGUCUUACCAUUUCCGUCAGAGUCAGUUUGUUAUGUGUGAUGAUAAUACUACUUUUACAUAGUGAUAGUGUUUUUCUUAUUCGUUUUAUAUGUUGUGAUAUGCAUGAAUGUAUAGUGAUGAUUUUUUAUGACAUUAUACUUCUUUUUAGACCCAGAAGGUACGCUACGUUCGUUGGAACGUUAAGAUACUCAUCCCCGAAUUCACAUCACGAUAAAGAGUUGGGGCCAGCUGAUGACAUCAUCUCUGUCAUAUAUGUUGUCGCUGAAUUGAUAUAUGGAAAGUAAGUUUUGACAGCAAUUUCUUAACAUAUAAUACGAAUCUGAUAAAUAGUGAUAAGAACGUGUGAUUGAUAAUUAAAAGUUUACAAACAGGCUUGUAAAGAUCUUUCCAGAUUACCAUGGCGGUCGAUAUACAUGAAGGAAGCAAUAAAAGAGGCCAAAGAAAAGUUUACACGUUCCAUCUGCUUCUUCCACUUGCCUCGGGAAAUAAGGGCUCUCUACCUGUAAGUUGACACUAUAUUUUAAACAUUUUUAUUGUGAAAACACCGUCACUUAUAUUAGUCUUUCAGUGAGAUGCUUGGCACACUAAACACAAGCACGUUAAACUACCCGUCCAUACUGAACACAAUACAAAAAGCUAUGAUCAGGUACUCUUAUCAGUCUACCAACCUACCUAUUUUCAUGAAAUAA